AUGGAGAUAUUGAAUAAAUUACAAGAGCCUAUUCCCCAAUAUGUAUCUGGCACCUUUCCAGCAAUUGCAACCAUAGGAGCAGCACCAUUUAAUAGCUUUAGAGCAAAGCUCUUAUGGAUAUUUCGCAUCUUAGGGUGCCCAUUCACUGGUUUGACGUAUUUUUGCAAUGUAAAAAAUAAUGAUCCGUUGGCAAUGUGCGCAUACUGGCUUCCUUCAGAAAAUUUUGAAAAAGAAGAUGGUAAAAAGAUCCCCUAUCGGCCUUUCGGACAUUAUGCUAUGGAAUUAAGCCCCGAAAGUGAACAGUAUAGAAAGAUAAAUGAAUGCGUAGCAAAGUCAUCUGUUCUAGAACGAUUAGGGUCAUUGGCGACAGCAUAUUUUAUAUUAGUUGGUACGAUUACAGCCAUAGCUAAAUUGGCAAGAGUAUCAGAUAGAGAUAAUUGUUCGGAUUGGACAUAUCUACCAAUAUUAUUAUCCUGGACAUUGCCGGCUAUAGUUAUUCGAACAAUCAAAGGAAAAAUAGUAGUUUUUGAUCCGAGUGUAAAAUUAGUAAAUGAAAAAAUCAUUGCAAGUAAACUCUCUAGUGGAAUGAGAUCUGACUCGCGUGCUCAUAUUUUGAUCACUGCUGUUGCAUCGAUAACAAUUCCUUGGAUAACGGUAGCCAUAGCGUAUUUUACGCCCCCAGUUUCAUUUGCUUGUAGAUCCAAAUUCCUUACAAUAUUUUGUUCCAUAUGGUCCUUCAACAACACAAUCGCAUAUAUAUCGCAUAUCGUUGGAGAAAAAACUGUACGAGGACGUUCAGUGAUCCACAGCUGGUUUUGUUUUAGUGGUAUUGUGAUAGCAUUUCUUUUGGUUUUUCUAGGUAUACUAUCUAAUGGUCCAUCAUGGUGGGUAACCCUGUUUGGAAAAGGAUGUGACGUUUCAUCAGUAUGUACGAAUGGUUAG